AUGACGCCUUUGAUAUUUAUAGUCUGGAUUGUUGGAUUUAUUGCUGAAGCUAGUUUUUUGGAUGCGUAAGUUUUCUCUUAUCUCUCAAAAAUAUAAAAAAAAUUGAAGAACAACUUUUUUUCAGGCAACAUAAUGUGAUAUUAAUCUUGACUGAUGAUCAAGAUAUUGAACUUGGCUCAAUGAACUUUAUGCCAAAAACGAUCAAACUGAUGAAGGAAAAGGGUGUAGAGUUCAGUUCAGGGUAAGUAUUUCAAAUUUACAAUUAAGAGAUAGAUAAAUUAUACACAAAAUAUAUUUUUGUUGUUACCAGAAUUUACAAGGUUCUCGGAAGUUUAGGUAAUUAUACAAAAGAUUUUCAUAUAUCACACGGUACCUCAAAAUAUCAGAACAUUCCAAAAGUGUCAAAAAACGGUAAAAUAAUUCUUCAAAAACAUUCAGCCCUUAUUUCUGAACAAGCAAUUCGUGAUCUGAAAUGUUCAAAAAUAUUUCCUUUAAUAAAUCUCAAUGAUAUUCUAGUUAUGUAACGACUCCGAUCUGCUGUCCAAGUAGAUCUUCAAUAUUAACAGGAUUAUAUGUUCAUAAUCAUCAUGUACAUACGAAUAAUCAAAAUUGCACCGGAAUUGAGUGGAGGUAAGCCUUUAUCUCUUUGUAUUGUUCAAAAAAAAAAUCAUCCUCAAGAUUUUAUUUCUAGAAAAGUGCACGAGAAAAAAACAAUUGGCACUUAUUUACAAGACGCAGGUUAUCGAACUUCAUAUAUAGGAAAAUACUUGAACGAGUAUGAUGGGUAAGAAUAUUUCAUAUCACAAAAACAUGAAAAUUUCGAAAUUUUUAGAUCAUAUAUCCCGCCUGGUUGGGACGAUUGGCAUGCAAUUGUUAAAAAUUCAAAAUUUUAUAACUACACUAUGAAUUCAAAUGGAGAACGUGAAAAAUUCGGGUUCGAUUACCAGAAAGAUUAUUUCACUGACUUGGUUACAAAUAGAUCUUUGAAUUUUAUUGAACAUCAUAUCAAAACUCGAGCUUGGCAGCCUUUCGCGUUGGUUAUUUCCUAUCCAGCUCCUCAUGGACCCGAGGAUCCAGCUCCCCAAUAUUCAAAUCUUUUCGAAAAUGAGCAUAGUCACAGGUUUUUUUUGUUUUUAAAUAUAAUUUGAAAUUUUUGAAAAAUAACUUUUCUAGAACAAUAAACUGGAACUUGGCGCCAAAUCCUGAUAAGCAAUGGCUUUUACAAAGAACUGGAAAAAUGACACCCGUUCAUAAAACUUUUACUGAUAUUUUACACCGUCGCAGACUUCAAACACUUCAAAGUGUUGAUGAAGGGGUUCAUAGACUCUUCACUCUGUUACGAGACUUGAACCAGCUUUGGAAUACUUAUGCAAUCUAUACAUCUGAUCAUGGCUAUCAUCUUGGUCAAUAUGGUUUGGUAAAAGGCAAAAAUAUGCCAUACGAAUUUGAUAUUCGAGUGCCAUUCUUUAUGAGAGGUCCAGGAAUUCCAAGAAAUGCUAUUUUUACUGAAAUUGUUUCAAAUAUUGAUAUUGCACCAACUAUGUUGAACAUUGCUGGAGUUGAAAAAUCGGUCAGAAUGAAUGGGAGAAGUUUGUUAGAUUUAGUUGCAAUCAAGAAAAAUAACAAAAGAUCAAAAAGUAUGAAACCAUGGAGAGAUACUAUUUUAAUAGAACGAGGGUAAGAAUUUUGACUAGAAAAACUUUUUCAUUGUUCCUAACGUGUUUCAGAAAAAUGCCAAAACUCAAAAAAAUCCGCGAUCGCUAUAUAAAGCAAAAGAAUAAAUUCAAAAAAGAAAACCGACUUGCAAAAGAAUGCCGACGACGAAAAUGGCAAACUGAUUGUGUUUUUGGACAGGUAACAAAUUGCUGAUAUAAAAUUGUAAAAAAAAACUAGUUUGUUAUAGAUGUGGAAAUGUUAUUUCACUGAUGAGGGACGAUGGAGAAUUUAUAAAUGUCGAGAUAACUGGAGUUCACAAUGUUCGUGUAGAGAGAAAAGAGAGAUACUGAAUUCAGAAUCAGAUAUUGAUGAGUUUCUAGAAAUAGCGGAUGAAGAAAAUUGGCGACAGGGUGAUUUCAGUUCGAUAUCAGAGACACAUAACAGGAAUCGAAGAGAUGUUUGUGAAUGCAGUGGAAAAAAUAUAACACAUCCAAUGUGAGUUGAAAUAUAUUCCGAAAAGGAUUAGUGGUGGCUUUUGUUAAUCAAUUCAAGUUUUUCAGGAAACUUCGAGAAAUGAAGGAUCUAAAGAAAAAAGAGUUAUCCAAGAAAUACAACAACCCAGUCGAAUCGAAAAAUAAUCGAAACUGUUCUCUCCCACAAAUGAACUGUUUUUCACAUUCUUCAAGUCAUUGGAAAACCCCGCCACUUUGGCCUGAAUCACUAGGAGAAUUUUGUUUUUGUCAAAAUUGUAACAAGUGAGUUUUUUUUCUGCAGAAUAGUUCCCUACAAAGUUUAAAAUUUAUUUUAGCAAUACAUAUUGGUGUCUUCGUACUAAAAAUGAAACGCACAACUUUUUGUAUUGUGAAUUUGUUACCGAGUUUAUCAGUUAUUAUGAUUUCAAUGCGGAUCCACAUCAGGUAAUUUGAAUCAAUUGAAAAAUGAAACAUAAAUAAGUUUUUUCAGCUCAUAAAUUCUGUUUACACUUUGGAAAUACCAAUCCUUGAGCAAUUAUCUGAACAACUGAAAAAUCUUCGAAAAUGCAAAAAUCGACAAUGUGAAAUCUGGACUGCUCCAAGAAAUUUUGUUGUGAAAAAUAACGAAAAAACCAUAGAAAACCAUUUAUAA